AUGACUCUAACCGGACCUAGUGCCCCACACGUAGUAACCCCCCAGCAGGGCGGUUCCGUGGGCUCCACCUCUUGCGGUACACCCUUACAGUCCGCACACUCCUCCCAUGAGUUCUCCCCUGCCAGCGAGACCAUGUUGGUGACUCCACUGAAUUCCUCCCUACGACAGGAAGUGGCCUUCGUAGCACGUUUCCUCAUGUUGUGUUGUGUUGUUGUCAGUGAUGGAGGUUGUGCGGCUCUGAGCAGGCGCUGGCAGGAUUCAGCGAAGACUGUGAUCAUUGGUGGAGGUUGUGUGGGGGUCAGUGUGGCGUAUCAUCUGGCUAAAGCCGGACAAAAGGACGUGGUUCUGCUGGAGAAGUCCGAGCUGACGGCCGGGUCCACAUGGCACGCGGCGGGCCUCACCACAUAUUAUCAUCCAGGCAUCAAUCUGAAGAAGAUUCAUUAUUACAGCAUUAAGCUCUUUGAGCAGCUGGAGGAGGAGACGGGACAGGCCGUGGGUUUCCAUCAGCCCGGCAGCAUCAGACUGGCAUCCUCUCCGGUCCGAGUGGAUGAGCUGAAAUAUCAGAUGAGCAGAACCCACUGGCACCCCACACCACAGUUUCUCAUCGCACCCGAGCAGAUCCAUGAGCUCUUUCCUCUGCUCAACAUGAACAAGGUGUUGGCGGGUCUCUAUAACCCCGGCGAUGGUCACAUUGAUCCGUAUUCUCUGACCAUGGCUCUGGCGGCAGGCGCUCGUAUGUACGGCGCUCAGAUCUAUCACCCGGCGCCGGUCACGGGUCUCACGCCCACCGCUGAUGGCAGAUGGGAUGUCCAGACUCCACACGGAACCAUCCGAGCCAAUCGCAUUGUCAACGCCACAGGUUUCUGGGCGCGUGAGCUGGGUCAGAUGAUCGGUUUUCAGCAUCCCACUGUUCCUGUACAUCACCAGUAUGUCGUCACGGCAACCGUUCCGGAGGUCAAAGCUCUGAAGAAAGAACUUCCUGUGAUCAGAGAUCUGGAGGGCUCGUAUUAUCUGCGUCAGGAGCGGGACGGCCUUCUUUUCGGACCCUACGAGACAGAGGAGAAGAUGGUUCUGCAGGACUCGUGGAUCAGAGAUGGCGUUCCUCCAGGUUUCGGUAAGGAACUGUUUGAGUCUGAUCUGGACCGGAUCAUGGAUCACGUGGAAAUGGCCAUGGAGAUGGUGCCGGUUCUGAAGAACGCCGACAUCAUUAACAUCGUAUCUGGACCAAUCACAUACACUCCUGACCUGCUGCCUAUGAUCGGACCGCACCAGGGCGCACGCAACUACUGGACUGCCAUCGGCUUCGGGUAUGGUAUCAUUCACUCUGGAGGGGUGGGGAAGUUUCUCAGUGAUUGGAUCAUGAGCGGAGAGCCGCCGUAUGACCUCAUCGAAUGUGACCCAAACCGCUAUGGUCAGUGGACCAGCGCAUCGUACCUGUGUGCCAAAGCCAGAGAAUCUUACGGAUUCAACAACGUUGUGGGUUACCCUAAAGAGGAGCGUUUUGCAGGCCGACCGACUAACAGAGUCAGUGGUGUUUAUGAGCUAUUAAAGGAUAAAUGUUCAAUGGGUUUCCACGCGGGCUGGGAGCAGCCACAUUACUUCUACAAACCAGGAGACGACACUGGAUACAAACCCAGUUUCAGACGGACUAACUGGUUUGGACCGGUGGGGCGUGAGUGUAAACUGGUGAUGGAGAGAGUGGGUGUGAUCGACCUUUCACCUUUUGGGAAAUUCACAGUGAAAGGGGAAGAUUCACACAAGCUGCUGGAUGGACUGUUGGCUAACAGCCUGCCGAAGGUGGGUCAGACCAACAUCAGUCACAUGUUGACCCCGCGGGGGCGUGUCUAUGCUGAGGUCACGGUUACCCAGCAUGCACCUGGAGAGUUCCUGCUCAUCACAGGAUCAGGAUCAGAGCUGCAUGAUCUGCGAUGGAUGGAGCGUCAGGUGUCUGAUGGUGGUUAUCGUGUGAGUGUUUUUAAUGUGACGGAUGAGAUGGGUGUUCUGGGCAUCGCCGGGCCGAACUCCCGCAAGGUUCUUCAGAAGCUGACAGAUGAAGACAUGAGCGAUGCGGCGUUCAGAUUCCUGCAGUGUAAAUCCAUUCAGCUGGCCGGCAUUCUGGUCCGGGCCGUCCGGAUCUCCUACACGGGGGAGUUGGGCUGGGAGUUGUACAUGGACAUGAGCAACAUGUCAGCGGUGUAUGAAGCGCUCAUGGGCACCGGACAGGAUGAGGGGAUUGAUAACUUUGGCACAUAUGCCAUGAACUCCCUGAGACUGGAGAAAGGAUUCAGAGCUUGGGGCGCCGAGAUGAACUGUGACACAAAUCCUCUUGAAGCUGGUUUGGAUUAUUUCAUUAAACUCAAUAAGUCUGCAGAGUUCAUGGGGAAACGGGCUCUGCUGGAGAUCAAGUCUCAGGGUUUGAAGCGUAAACUGGCGUUCCUCACACUACAUACAGACCACAUCGACCCCGAGGGCAAUGAAACCAUCUGGCACAACGGCAAAGUGGUUGGAAAUACGACAUCAGGGUCGUACAGUUACAGCACACAUCAGAGUCUGGCGUUGGGUUAUCUGCCCGGGGAUCUGCUGAACAUCGGACAGAAGGUGGAAGUGGAACUUCUGGGUAAGAAAUACCCGGCCACGGUCAGUCAGGAGCCACUGGUUCUCACGGAACCCGCCAGAACACGACUGCAGAAGAAGAAGAGCGAGAGGGAGAUCCAGUGAUGGACUGCUGUUGAAUGUUUCACCGUGUCAUUUAGUUUCUGGUCUGAUGGUGCUGUCAGGAAAGACUUCAUCUGUGAACGUCUUAAUCAACGCUGAAGUCAUCUUUAUGGGUACAAAAGUUUUCAAUGCUGCUGUAGAAACACAAUGUCUUGAUGUUUUACUCCGUGUGAACCAUCUGAAGUGACCACACAUGUGCACAUCAACUGAAAUAAAUCUCACAGUUACACAUCGAAGGAUUCCACUGGUAUUUGAUGAUACGUUCUGUUUAUCUUUGUACUGUGAAGUUUCAUUCUGAAGAAAUACACUUUAUUUUUGACCGGUUUAAUUGUGUGUCUUGCAUGAUUUUUUUGAAUGAAGAAC